CAUAUUAAUUAUAGCAUGGAGACGAAUUUAUUGUUUUGGUAAUUAACAAAAAUAAACCGAGCUAGUAGAAGAAGAACUGACGUUAGAACUAAAUUAACUAACGUCACAGCACUUUCCAUUUGAAAUGAAUGCUGGAUUAAAGCUGUACCAAACAAUUUUGGACUUUUAUACGCCCCUGGCAACUCUACAUGCCUUUUAAUAGGAUAAUAUGUCUGUUAUCAGCACAAUCAGGUUGAUAUAGACAGAAGCUUGUUCUCAGUCAGUCUGCAGCUUCGUUAUGGCUGUUGGAGAGCUCUGUCUAAUUGAUAAGGAUAUUUCAAGUCUACUAGAGGUCCAUCUGAACCCCAGCAUUUCAUCCUUGAAUCUUCACUGCAAUCGCCUCACUAAGAUUGAGGGUUUGAUGACAGCUUGGUACAUAAGACAUCUAGACCUGUCAUCCAAUCACAUCUGUCGUAUAGAAGGAUUAUCUUCCCUGUCCUCUCUGCGCACCCUAAACCUGUCCUGCAACUUAAUUUCUAAAGUAGAAGGACUUAAUGGACUAACAAAUCUCACAAGACUGAAUUUGGCCUACAAUCAAAUAAAUGACCUAACUGGUCUUUUGUAUAUCCAUGGAGCAGAAUACAAACUAAAGUACCUGCAGCUCCACAGUAAUCGUUUGGAGAGUAUGAACCACCUGCUGCAGUGCAUGGUGGGACUGCAGAAUCUGAAAGAUGUUACUCUUAACAAGGAUGGUGCACAGAAUCCAAUCUGCUCGCUGCCAGGCUACAGGGAAAUGGUUCUUCAAUCUCUGCAUCAGGUCACCACACUAGAUGGAGUAGAUCGCCUUGGAAACACAGCUCCUUUAGCAGAGGACAGUCCCAUGGAUGUUCCUGGUCUUGAGGACUUUCUUGAGUUUCUAAUUUCAUCAGACACUAGUGUUAAGGGAGAACUGGCAAAGUCAGAUGCUCCUCUCACUACUCCACGGAUUGAUGAAGUCCUGACCCAGUUUCGGAAACGAGGGGGAAAACCAACUGCAGAAAAUCAAGAAAAUGAUCAGCGAAUUAAAAAACUAGAGCAGCAGGUUUCCCAUCUAAUCCAGAAGAUCCCUACAGGGGCUGGCUUUAACACCAACAGUUCUGUACCUUCUGUGGUACAUAAAGCUAAAAGAGACACAGAUCAGACAUCAGAGAGCGAAUGUGACAGUGGAAAAGAGAACCAACGGCAUUUCAGAAUCCUGUCUCAUCCCAGAGGCUCUGCAGGGAAAAAACUGUCUAAGGACACCAAACAAUCUGAAAGUGUGACAAAUACACAGAAGCAGAAGUCGACCAAACUGGCCGUUGGUGCCCGUAGGAGGACAUCAGUCCAGAGCUCUGGGUCUGUUGAAACCAUAGAGUCUGUAAAAAACAAAAGCAUCAAAGCAAGUCCUAGCAAAAGCUCAACUCAACCUCAAGAGGAAACCUACAGGGCAAUAGUGGAAGAGCGAGACCAGGAGCGGGAGCGGCGCUGGAAGGCAGAGCAGGCUGCAAAGAGACUUACCGAACAGGUCAAGAACCUGCAGACUCAAGCCAGCGAGGAAAAGGACCUGCAGAGUUUGGCCUUACACACCACAGACAGGCUGAAGGAGUUGUUGUUAAAAGAGCGCUCUGAUCGGGCAGGAUUGCAGACUCGUUUGCAGGAGUUGGAGGAGAGGUACAGGUCAACGUUACAACAGCUGGAGCAGCUGCGCAACAGGGAAGAUCAACACAAGAGGGCGCUGCACAGUCUGAAGGACAGCAUGACCCAAGCAGAGGCUCUUCAGGAACAACAGCGUGCAGAAGAGAUGAAGAGGACUCAGGAGUUAGGGAAUAAAGCAUCCGCCUUAAAAAGGGAAGUUGAAAUACUCCGCGCAUCAGCACGACAGCACAAAGAGAAGCUGCAGCAUUUGCAUGAACUUUUGGCCUCCAGAGAGGAGAUGCACAGGAAAGAGCUUGCAACCCGACUGCUUCCUGGUGGGACUGAGUUUAAGGAGGCUGUAGAGAAAGAGGUGGCAGCGACAGAGCAGAGAUUUGCCCAGAAACAGGCUGAUUUGGAACAGAAGAUCACUGAUUCUAGAAGACAGUAUGCUGCUCUAGAGGAUGAAUUUCGUAUUGCUCUUACCAUUGAGUCAAAGCGUUUCUCAGAGGUCAAGGAAGGGUUUGUUCAGGUGUCUGCAGAACUCUUAGAAGUGAAGUCAAGCCUCAGCCAGUCUCAGCAGAAAGAGAAGCAGUCAGCCUCUCUGGUGCAGGAACUCACAGCUAUGGUAAAAGAGCAGAAAACACGAAUUACUGAGAUACUCAAAGCCAAAAAAGAAGCUGCCAUUGAAUUCAAGGCCCGUAUGCAGUCAUUGGAAUCCAGGUUAGAGGAUGAUAAACAACUUAACCUACAGGUGGAGCUACUGAAGAAAGACAAAUCAAAGCUGAUCUCCCAGCUAACUACACAAGAGUCUGUCAUAGAUGGACUACGGGCAGAGAGGAAGAUCUGGGGCCAGGAACUUGCACAGCAAGGUGCAUCCUUGGCACAGGACCGUGGUCGACUGGAGGCCAGAAUUGAGGUUUUGUUUAACGAAUUGGAAUCACAGAAGAAGCAGAAUGAGAGAAACAAUGAUGCACUCAGGAUUAAAGCUAAGAUUGUUGAUGACCAGACAGAGACAAUUCGUAAACUAAAAGAGGCAUUGCUGGAACGAGAUGAGCAGAUCCGUAGACUCCGUGAUGAGAGUGUGCAGGACCAGCGAAAGCUGAAGCAGCAGCUGGAGGAGGAAAUGGCCUCUGCAGUGGAGCUCAGAGACACAGUGGAGCAGCUCAGUUUCAGGAAGGAGGAGCUGAAACAGCAGCUCCUUGAUAAAGAGGUGGAGCUUGAUGAGGUUAAAGAGACAUACAGGACCUCAAGUAAGAAAUGGCAGGAAAAGGCGGAACUGUUGAACAGGCUCGAGAGCCAGGUGAAGCGAAUGAAGGAUGGUUUUGAUUCCAAAGAGAGAACACUGUUGGAGGAAAGGGAAAAAGCAUCACAAGCACAAAUAGCGGCAGUGGAGAAGCUUCACUCUGUGGACGAUGCCUUCCGUAGACAACUGGAGAGUCUACAAGCUUCCCAUCAGGCGGAACUACUUCAUCUUGCGAAUGACAAACAGAAACAGAUAGAAAAGGCCAAUCAGAAGGUGCUCCAGGUGGAGGAGGAAAUGCGCCAGCUGCUUGAGGAAACUGAGAGUAAUAAAAGGGUAAUGGAGGAGAAAAUGAGACGCCUCACACAAGUGCUGAAAGACUUCUGACCUACCAUUACAAACCAAAAGACAAAAUACUUGAAGAUGCCUUAUGUCUUAUAUAAGAAGACGUGUGUCACUUAUGCCCCUAAGUUUGACUGCAAACAUGAACACAUCCUGAAAUAAUUGUACUUAUGAGAGUCCAGACUACUGUGUUUAACUAUUUUUGGCUUUGUUUCACAUUACAUAAAUACUAAAUGGCUGUGAACUGAC